GUCAGACAUAUGGGGCUCAUUAGCUUCCGUGGCUUGACUAGCAAUGAAGAGGGAGACAGAGCAGCAGACGCUCUCUGUAUGUUGCCACGGCAACGGAGCAGGAGGAAGAGGGAGAGGCGCUGUCACCUCCAUCAGCACACUUCAGCAGAGAAACAAGACUUCCGUUAACCGAGAGUCGGGAUCUCCUGCCAUGCCCAUGACUGGCUUCUUCGUCAUCUUUGUGCCACACCCCACUGAGGAGAAGGACAAGCACCUGACCUUGAUGCUCACAUCAGCCCAGCCCUCAUUUUGUCCCUCUGCUGAGGGGUCGACAGAGACACAGUGGCGUCAGGCAGAGCUCCCACAGCUCCAGGGCUGGGCAGAGAAGGGAUUGCUGACACAGCCAAAGAUGAUCAUCAGUAACAUGGAGGCUCCAGUGACAAAUGGCCCCAGUGGAGGAGGCAACACAGCCAACGGGCCAACCACCAACAGCCGUGGCUGCCCCUCACCCAUGCAGACUGGACCCACAAAUGACGACAGCAAGACCAACCUUAUUGUCAACUACCUUCCCCAGAACAUGACCCAAGAGGAGUUCCGCAGCCUGUUCGGCAGCAUCGGAGAGAUCGAGUCCUGCAAGCUGGUUCGCGAUAAGAUCACAGGACAGAGUCUGGGCUACGGAUUUGUCAACUACAUUGAUCCAAAGGACGCAGAGAAAGCCAUCAACACGUUAAAUGGACUCAGACUUCAGACAAAAACGAUCAAGGUGUCAUACGCACGACCAAGCUCAGCCUCCAUUCGAGAUGCUAACUUGUAUGUGAGUGGCUUGCCUAAGACUAUGACUCAAAAGGAGCUGGAGCAGCUCUUCUCCCAGUACGGACGCAUCAUCACCUCCCGUAUCCUCGUCGACCAGGUCACAGGUGGUUCCCGAGGUGUGGGCUUCAUUCGUUUUGAUAAGAGGAUAGAGGCGGAGGAAGCUAUCAAGGGUCUGAAUGGACAGAAGCCAUCAGGCGCUGCUGAGCCCAUCACCGUUAAGUUCGCCAACAACCCCAGCCAGAAGACCAGCCAAGCCCUCUUGUCACAACUCUACCAGUCCCCCAACCGUCGAUACCCAGGCCCCCUCCACCACCAGGCACAGAGGUUCAGGCUGGACAAUUUGCUUAAUAUGGCCUAUGGCGUAAAGAGGUUCUCCCCCAUCACCAUCGACAGCAUGACAAGUCUGGUGGGAAUGAAUAUCCCCGGGCACACAGGCACUGGUUGGUGCAUCUUCGUGUACAACCUGUCCCCUGAUUCAGACGAGAGCGUGCUCUGGCAGCUGUUCGGGCCCUUCGGCGCGGUCAACAAUGUCAAGGUCAUCCGCGACUUCAACACCAACAAGUGCAAAGGCUUUGGCUUCGUCACCAUGACGAAUUACGACGAGGCCGCCAUGGCCAUCGCCAGUCUCAAUGGCUACAGGUUGGGCGACCGUGUCUUGCAAGUCUCCUUCAAGACUAACAAGACACACAAGUCCUGAACUCAAGCAGGUAGAAGCAGUUGCCCCACGACUUUGUCUGCUCCAAAAUUGCCCCAACACCCACCCCACCCCCUCUCCACCUCCACCUUCAACUGUCCCUUAGCCCCUUUACUCACUACCACUACCACCCUACUACAGCCAUCUAACGCAGCAAACUCAAACUCCAACCGGAACACAAAGCAACCGACAAACCAUCAAACAAAUUGAACUAGAAAUGGCUUAUAUUAUAACUUUGGACCUAUAAGCCAAUGUUGCCUAAGUAUUACAAAAAUGAAAUGAUGAAAAUGUUCAUGAGUUUUUUGGAAGCUCCUGUGAUAAUGCAGGCUUCUCUUUGUUGUAUAUUCUUUCUGUUUGUUGUGGUUGUUCAAAUGAUUUUCUCUUCUGUGUAAACAGUAGCAAACCCCCGUAUCCCCUUAUUUCAGAGAAGAGAAUGUCCUUUUUAGAUUGAAACCUUUUCUCUGUCUUGAUUCAGGAUUUGUUUUUCUUUUGUAAAUCCGGAUCCACUGUCGUUAGUAUUAUAUAUACCUCCCUGUCAGUGUAGGGGAGGAGGCUCUUUUUUAAAUUGGUGAACCAUUCAUUCAUUUUUAGUGUGUAUUAAA